AUGUCAUCUACCUCUGACGGCGAUGAUCAGGGAUGGAGACAAAAUGCGCUCUCGUUGUUUCGCAAUGAAACAGCAGCCGCCGUUCUCUACAUGCUCGCGCUCCUCGGCGGCCUCGCAGUCUGUUACUUCGUCUUCGCCGCCAAGCUGCAGUUCCCUAGCCGACGCCGAGCAGCAUGGCUGAAAGCGUCGGCCACUUCUCUCAUCCUGCAUUGCCUCAUGGGAGCAUGCUCAUCUGUAAUCUGGGCGCUGCUGCAUCGCACGCAAGCACAAGUCGACGAGCGUGGUCGCGCUGCCACAUCCCAGACUAAGAGAACGCAGCAAAGUGCUGGCAUUUACACGGAUGCCAUCAGCUCUUGGUUUCACUAUACUACGCAGACGCUGCUCUUCAUCACGGUUGUCGCCACGUGCGCGUCCAUGUCGACGGCGAGGCGAAGCGGGAAAGCGCCCGAAAUGUGCUUGACGGCGGCCUACAUGCUCGGAAUCUUGGUCGCCGCACUCGCCAGCGUCGUUGUCGCGCUCGAAAUUACUCGCUACCACUUUGCUACUCAUCGCGUCGGCAGAGUCAAGGCCGUCGACAUUGCCAUUGUCGGCGCGCAUAUCGGUCUGGUGCUGCAUUGCAUCAUGGUCGCCGCUGCUGUUUUUGCGACGGCUGUGGCAGCCGCGACGGUGAGAAGAAGCGUGCGCGUGGGGGGACCGGACAAGCCGGCAAAGCUGGCUGCGUUUGGCGGCAUUUUCUUAAUGAUUUCUGCUUUGACGCAACUUGCCUGCAAUGUGAGGUUUGGCUGGGUGGUGGUGGUGGUGGUUACUGAAUGGGGCGCGCCUCCUGCGUACAUGUAUGUGUUGAGUGUCAUUUUUGAUACCUGGCCGCUGCUCGGGGCGCUUGCACUGCUGUAUAUGAGUGCGAAAAGCUGGAAUAAAGGACUGACGAAGCUGCAGAUUGGAGAGGUUGCAUAG